CCAGCUAGUUAGUGCGUUUGAUGGUGGUUGGCGGUUCUGGUUUGUGUCUUGGUUCUUUGAUUUGGGGUGUUGUUGUGUUGUUUUGUUGUUUUAGUCUUGCUUUGUUUGUUGGUUUUGUUUGUUGUGUUGUUUUAAGGUAGCGUCCUCGGGUGGCGUGGCCGCUCCUAAUGCCUAGAGAGAGUAGAGAGAGUCAGAGUAGGGCGCCCAGGAGCCCCCAGCGGGGCCUGGAGGCCAGCUCGUCCUCGGAGGAUGCCCUGACGGGCCAGUACGAGGUGCUGAGGUGCAUCGGGCAGGGCGCCGUUGGCACUGUGAGGCUGGCCCGCCACAUCCUGACGGGGGUGGAGGUGGCGGUGAAAACCGUGCACAAGCGCAAGCUGGACCCGGCCUCCCUUCGGGCCGAGGUGGCCAUCAUGAAGGCCGUGGAACACCCCAGCGUGGUGCAGCUGUUCCAGGUGAUGGAGACGGCUGACCGCGUGUACCUGGUCAUGGAGUACGCUGGUCGGGGCGACCUGCUGCAGUACAUCCCACAGGGGGUGGGCCUGCCGGAGCGGGAGGUGCGGGGACUGUUCGAUCAGGUGGCCAGCGCCCUGCGCACGUGCCAUGCUAAGGGCAUCGUGCACAGGGACGUGAAGGCGGAGAACAUCCUGCUGGACGCGCGAGGCCGCAUCAAGCUGUGCGACUUCGGCCUGAGCGGCCAGUUCAGGCGGGGAGAGCUGCUGCACACGGUGUGCGGCACCAUCACCUACUGGGCCCCGGAGAUGUUCCUCCCGCAGCCGUACCACGGCCCCCAGGUGGACGUGUGGAGCCUGGGUGUCCUCCUCUAA